UUAACAUUACACCAAAGAACUUGUUGUUAUAAAUUCAUUGCCAGUUGCACAUACAGCGAUUUAUUACAUACAUCUUCUCUCUAUCCUUUGUAAUAUUAUCACAUUUUUAUUAUACGUUUAUAUUCACGCAAUACAGCUGCCUCCAACAUAUAUAGUCAACUGAUGAAAUUAUAAGCAUCAUCAUUAUAGUCUUGUCUCUUUUCCUUUCUCUCUUCCUCUCUUCUUUCAUAGAUCAAGACCAAAAAGAUAUAGAUGAUUGAGAUAUUUGCAGUAAGAAGAGUGUUCUUGAUCGGGUUUUCGAUCUUCAUACUGAAUUGGGUAUGGAGAGCUGUGAAUUGGGUCUGGUUAAGGCCAAAGAGACUGGAGAAAUAUCUGAAAAAACAAGGAUUCUCUGGAAAUUCUUACAGAAUUUUGGUGGGAGAUAUGAGAGAGAGCAAUCAGAUGGAUGAAGUUGCUCACUCUCUUCCUCUCCCUCUCACCGCUGAUUUUCUCCCUCGCAUGAUGCCUUUUCUCCAUCACACUGUCCUAAAUCAUGGGAAGAAGUGUUUCACAUGGUACGGCCCGUACCCGAACGUGAUAGUAAUGGAUCCAGAGACACUACGAGAGAUAAUGUCAAGACACGAACUCUUCCCAAAACCAAAGAUUGGGUCACACAAUCAUGUUUUCCUCAGUGGUCUUCUCAAUCAUGAAGGUCCUAACUGGUCCAAACAUCGAAGCAUUCUUAAUCCUGCUUUUCGUAUCGACAAUUUGAAGAGUAUACUUCCAGCAUUCAGCUCAAGUUGCAUAGAGAUGUUAGAAGAAUGGGAUAAAUUAGCAUCAGCAAAAGGAACAGUGGAACUUGAUUCAUGGACUUAUUGCCAUGACUUAACAAGAAACAUGCUUGCUCGUGCUUCUUUUGGUGAGUCCUACAAAGAUGGCAUCAAAAUCUUUGAAGUCCAGCAAGAACAAAUUGAUCUUGGUCUCCAAGCUAUUCGUUCGGUCUACAUCCCUGGAUCAAAAUUUUUGCCAACAAAGUUUAACAAGAGGUUGAGAGAAACCGAAAGGGACAUGAGGGCUAUGUUUAAAGCUAUGAUUGAGACAAAAGAGAAGGAGAUAAAAAGAGGAAGACAAGCCGACAAGGACAGUGACUUGUUGUGCUCUAUGUUGGCCUCAAAUACAAAGCAAAUCAAAGAACAGGGACCAGAUUCAGGGCUGAGUAUUGAUGACCUGAUAGAUGACUGUAAGGCUUUCUAUCUAGCUGGUCAAAAUGUGACUUCUUCAUUGUUUGUUUGGACUCUUGUUGCUCUAAGCCAACAUCAAGACUGGCAAAACAAAGCAAGAGACGAGAUCUCUCAGGCGUUUGGUAACAACGAGCCAGAUUUUGAAGGGUUAAGCCACUUGAAAGUAGUGUCAAUGAUUCUCCACGAAGUUCUCCGACUCUAUUCUCCAGCUUACUUCACAUGUCGUAUAACUAAACAAGAAGUGAAGCUAGAGAGAUUCUCUUUACCCGAAGGAGUUGUGGUCACAAUACCAAUGCUCUUGGUGCACCAUGACCCUGAUCUUUGGGGGGACGAUGUGAAACAGUUUAAGCCCGAGAGAUUCAUCAAUGGCGUUGCAAGCGCAACCAAAGGAAGACUCUCCUUCUUGCCGUUUAGCUCCGGACCUAGGACUUGUAUUGGUCAAAACUUUUCGAUGCUGCAAGCUAAGCUCUUUGUGGCAAAGGUUCUUCAACGUUUUAGUGUAGAGCUUUCUCCAUCGUAUACUCAUGCUCCUUUCCCAGCUGCAACUACAUUCCCACAACACGGUGCUCAUUUGAUCAUUCGAAAAGUGUAGAGGAAGUAGAACAAGAAUGAAGAAAAUUAAAAGGUGCUUCCCUUUUUUUGUUCAUCAACAAAACAGAAACUCGAAAGUGUAGUAAAAAUACAGUUUGAGUCCGGUUUUUAUUUGGAUGCUUUUGUAAAUAUAAAAAAAAACAGAUUCAAAUCUAUAUA